CUUCUUCUUCUCCCUCUUAAUUAAUUCUAAUCCCUGUGUCGCUUCUCACAUCUCCUCUCCUCUCCUCUCCUACCUCCGGCGGCACCUCAUCUUCCGUCCUUCCCUCCUUCAGCCCUAUCUCCAACCCUACCUCCCUCUAUAUACUCCCUCACAACCACCACAAUGCGCAGCACACUCUCCCGGUCUCUCCCCCUGCGCUCGUCGCUCUGCUCAGCACGCUCAUCCGCUGCUCCGGCAUCAGCAUCAUGGAGCCGCAUUCGCUCCCCCUUUGCCGUCCCCCGCUUCACCUACGCCACAGGGCCUGACUCCUCGAAGCCCGCAAACCCUCACCAAGACACAAACCACAUCCAGGCCCGGCGCCCGGACAUCAAAGAAGGCACACAUCGCUUCCGCGAAUUCGACCUCCAGGACCGCGUCUACGUGAUCACCGGCGGAGGCCGCGGUCUCGGUCUUGCCAUGGCCGAAGCCCUGCUUGAAGCUGGUGCUAAGGUCUACUGCCUCGACCGCCUCACAACCCCACACCCCGAUUAUGAGCUUGCGGCAGAGCACGCAAACAAGCACUACGGCGGCAGUCUGCACUACCACCGCAUCGACGUGCGCAAUGCCGAAGAAACAAACGCCAUCUUCAGCGAAAUCGCCGCCAACAACGGCCGCAUGGACGGUCUGAUCGCCGCCGCCGGCAUCAACUACCUCGAGUCCGCCCUCGAGCACUGCCCCAAGAUGCUGCACGAAGUCAUGGACAUCAACUACAACGGUGUCUUCCACAGCGCCACCGCCGCCGCCCGGCAAAUGUUCAACUACCAGCAAAAGGGCUCCAUCCUGCUCGUUGCUAGCAUGUCCGGGCUUAUUGCCAACAAGGGCAUGACCUCGCCCGUUUACAACUCCUCCAAGGCGGCUGUUGUCCAGCUCGGCAGGAACUUGGCAAUGGAGUGGGGACGGCAUGGAAUCCGUGUAAACUCGCUUUGCCCUGGUCAUAUUGUGACUCCCAUGGUGGAUGAGGUGUUUAAGAAGGAGCCUGCUGCGCGGGCUGUUUGGGAGGCAGAGAACAUGCUUGGGCGACUGGCGACGCCGGAGGAGUUCAGGGGUGCGGCGCUGUUUGCGCUCAGUGAUGCUAGUAGCUUUAUGACUGGGAGUACGAUGUUGAUUGACGGAGGACAUACUGCUUGGUAAAAAGGACAAACAGUAUCCACCUUGCAUAAUUAAUCAAACGAGCGAACAAUAGACAAAAAGAAAGGAAAUGGUGUUUGGGUUUGGGAUCGAUCGAAGGGAUUGAUUGAAUUGAACAAAGCAAAAAAAACAUUUCAUAAUGAUGACCGCCAUAUCAUACUACUAUCCAUCUUGCAUGCAUGUGUAUAAUAUGGGUUUCGACUUUCAAGUUCCCAAGGCUGAG